AUGGAGAAGUUGUCGGCGAGCCUGUCGGAGAUCUGCUGGAGCCCUCUCGCGCUGCCGUUGGACGCGGUGGUCAGCAAGUUUCGUCUGCCCACUCUGGUCCGCCUGGUCCACGGUGAAUGCGUUGAGGGUCUGUCAGAAGAGGAUGUGGUUCUGCUCCACUCUUGUCGUCAGUGGACCACAGUGACAGCUCAUAGCUUAGAAGAAGGGCACUAUGUGAUUGGGCCCAAGAUUGACAUCCCUCUGCAAUACCAAGGGAAAUUCAAAUUGUUGGAUGAAGACAGAGACAUCAGGGAUCCUAUCCAGUAUUUCUCAAGUGUGGAGGAGGUUGCUGGAGUGUUCCCCGACCGAGUAUUUGUCAUGGAAACAAUCACUUUCAGCGUCAAGGUGGUUUCAGGAGAGUUCAGUGAGGACAGUGAGCCAUACAGCUUCACUCUGCAGGCGGGAGAUGAGCUGUCACUCAUGGGAAAGGCCGAGAUCCUAUGUGCCACGCCUACGAAGGAAAAGACAGGACUGAGUGCACUUUUGAAACGCCUGGGAAAGACUCCCCGAAGUAAAACCCCUUGCCUGGUGUGUAUGAACCAUCGCACCAAUCAGAGCGUCAGCUUGCCUUUUGCCUGCCGUGGGCGCUUUUGCACACGUUCGCCACUGGAGCAAGGUAUGCUGGGUGGAGAGCAUACGGUGCGCAGCAUCAUCGAGAGGGUCCGCCUCCCCGUCAAUGUAUCUGUACCGUCCCGCCCGCCACGAAACCCAUAUGACCGCCAUGCGGUAAGAGAAGGCCACCGCUUCAAGCUGCUCAACAUCGUCAGCAAGACAGUGGUACUCUGUAUGGUGCUUCGCAGACAGGAAGUGUCGCCCUCCCACUUCCUACUGCUACGCUGCAUGCCUCGGUUCAACGUGGCCGACGCCUCUGUGCACACAGCAGCCCUGGAAAGCCUGCUUUUGCGAUACUCCUUUGACCCGGAUGCCUACUCUCGAGCUGUGAGGGAAACCCGCCCUGAGUUGGAGUGUAUGACAGAGGAAUGUGUGAGUCCACGACACUCACGUACAUAUGUGACAACACAGGACUCAUUGGCGCCGGCCCUUCAGCAGCUGUCCAUGUGCAGUUAUGGGGGCGGGGUCUCAGAAAACUUAUCACAGCGCUGCAGGGACUCUCUUGGGGUCCAGUUAGGGGAGGGACCAGGUGAGGAGAGGGAGUACGUCACUCCCGAAUGGACCGAGGCUGAAAUGAGGACCACUGAGGAGAUACCCUAUGAGGAACUUUGGACCAACCAGAAUGCAGACGGCCUAGGGAAGGAGCCAAACCUCAUUUCCUUCCAUUCAUCCACCUCAAUGGAUGGCUCCCUGGGUACAGUGGUGACAACAGUGGCUGUUCCGCCGCCCGUGCCACCAAAAUCUGAUGCUGUGCGAGAAGAGUGUCGCUACUUGAUUGCUCCUCCAGUCCCUCCUCGUGGCUCUAAAUUGGGCUCCAUCUCCAGUCCAGCCCCCAGCCCUCCUGUGCCUCCUCGCUUCACCAAGGCUGCCAUCUCUGCCAGACCCAAUCUUUCUUUCUACUCCUCAGGACUGCAGGACAGCUGCUCACUCUCUCCAGACGCUUCCCUCUACUGUUACCCAUGUUCCUGGAGUGAUUGUCCUGCCCCCAAUCCUGAGCCUGUCUCAACCAUCCCCGCGGACAACACAGCCAACCCCCAGACAGCACAAGCCACCUGGGUCGAGCCGUGGGUGGACUCCUUCACUAGUGGCCCUCGGCUGAAACCGCCGCCCCCGCAAAGUCGCUUCGCACCCUUUGGUGCUUUGAACCCUUUCAACCGUCAGUCCCCUUGCCCAUCACCUGAGCUGUCAGACAAUCCAGAAACCUCUAGAGGGGCAGAAGGAGGUGGGAUAACUGAAGGCUCUGCCGCACCCACCGACCCGACCUGGCGUCCCCCCGCUGACUUGUCCGCGCUGUCAUUGGAGGAAGUGUCGGCCUGCCUGCGUUUCAUAGGCCUGUCGGAGGCUGCAGUGUCCAUUUUCCAGAGGGAGCGUAUUGAUGGUAGCCUUUUAGUUCAGUUGACAGAGGACAUCCUGUCACAUGACUUUCACCUGAGCCGACUCCAUGUCACCAAGAUCACACAGUUUAUACAAGGAUGGAGGCCUAAAAUCUAA